AUAAGUCACAUUAUCCAGCGAUGGGGUUUACGAUGAGUAACCGAUGUGUUUUUUGAUGAAAAUGGCGUAGUCGCCGGCCGGACACCACUAGUGAUCGGACGGAGACUGAGGCCUGUUUGCGAAUCGGUGAGGUCAUCGGUGGGAAAUAAUUCGUAGUUAAAAUUCAGCGAUGUCUUCAGCGAUGCCUCACAUCGCUCCUCAUCGGCAACCCAUCAUUAACACAUCUUUCAAGUAUCGGCCGAUGUAUGGCCGAGCAUCGUCCAGUAUCCGUCGAAUCGGAGGUGAGUGGUGGGCAACAUACAUCGGCCGAUCAUCGGUUGAUGUUCGACCGAACAUUGGCCAAUAGUCGACCGAUGUACGAACGAUGUUCACCAAUGUAUGAAUGAUACAAUAUACAUCGGCCGAUGACCGCUCGGACAUCGGUCUAUGAUUAGAGAUGCAUCGCUGGGUAUAUAUAAACGCGCCAUUUUUUGCAUGUUCAAUUUCAUUCGACAGACAACAUAAUGCCAAGACCGCAGAAAGACAGCAAGGAAACACCAGAGGGGAGUGACAUGGGAAAGGCCAGAGGCAAGGGCAAGGUGAGUGUAAAGGGAAAGGUGAGUGACAAGGGAAAAAUGAGUGACAAGGGCAAGAUGAAUGACAAGGACAAGAUGAGUGGCAAGGGCAAGAUGAGUGGCAAGGGCAAGGACAAGGCGCUGAAGAAGCCAAGCAAAGCAUCGACCUGGACCUCACCCCGCAAGAGACAGCAACAGGAUCCAGAGAUCACAGACACUGACCACACCAUCGAACAUGAUGAAGAUUUCGAUGACAACGCCUCGGAAGCCUCCACUAUCUCAUCCAUCACAGGUUCCAAGAAGAAACAGCGUGUAUGGAUGUCACAAGAAGAAAUAUCCAUGGACACCAUGAAGAAGAUAGCCAGCUGGUUCGAGGGCAUGCCCAUGUUCUAUGACCUGGCCGACCAAAACUACAAAAACACUCAAUUACGAGACAUGAAGCUGAUGGAAUUCGGCAGGGAAAUAGGCCUAUCUCCUGCGGCCAUCAAGCGCCAUUUUAUUUCCAUGAGGACUGACCACCACAAGCUGAUGAAAGAUACCAAGAAAAAAAGUGGAUCAGGUGGCGGAAAGAGGAUGACCCCUCUGCAGAGUUUCAAGUUGGCAGCGUACGCAUUUCUCGAUCCCUACCAUAAGCCUCGGAUAAAGUCAGAGACAUGCGGAAAGCUUCAAGUCGGAGGCGAGGAUGAUGGUGACGAGUCGCAGUCGGAAGACGACAUGUCAGUGGCAAAUGAGCAGGGCCCCAUGACAUCGGCAGUGGCGACGGCAGAGACGAAGAAGCCAUCCGCGUCCAAGUCGUCCAAGAAGGGAGUUUCGGAAAUCUUGGUGCAAUAUUUAGAGAAAAGUGCCAAGGAGACCAAGGAGGCUGAACAGAAGCUGCAGGCUUUUCAGACUACAACUGCAGGCCAGAAGAUGGAGCGGACUGCUUGGGCAGAGUGGCUGGUAUCCGUUCAGAGUGCGAUACCCGAGGCGCGUUACCGAGACUAUCAGGCUGACUCGUUCAACCUGGCCAUGCGGUACAUCAGGGACGCCCAGCAGCCGCAGUCGCAGUUACAGUCACAGCCACAACAGCAACAAUUCCAGGCCCUCCAGCCGACGCCACAUUGUCUGCCCUUCACCGCAUACCCCGUGCGUGCGCAUCAGCAUCAGUUUGCACAACUACAGACGUCCUGUCCAGCCAGAACUCAGUCUGCCCAAACAACACCUGUCACCUCCUGGGACUUUGGAACAAAUUUGUCUUUGGGAGUCUCACCCGGCAGCAGCACCUCCAUGAUCAACCAAGCAUGGACCUUUUCUGAUCAACUUUCUUCGCCACUUUGCACCCCACGUCAACGUAUCAACACCUCUCUCGACACCUCCCCAGCACCUCUGCCUUCUGUAGAGACAGUGUCUCAGACUCUACGACAGUCCCGUGGGAUACUAUGCAGAGAGGAUCCGACACCCGAAGAACAGUCUCCACAUUCGGAAACAUAGAAGAACCCCCAAUUAUACGUCAGUCGCAGACAAGCAAUGCGAUAUCAAAGUCAGCUGCGUCAGAGACUGAAGGACUCUAAACUGUUCUAUGGAUUAUAUGUUACGCUGGACUUAUAUGUUUCUUGUAACACGUGUUUAUUGCCUCAGAUGUCUUAUGCAAAAAAAAAAAAAAUGUAUGCAAUGUAACAAAGCAUCCAAGUUUUGAAAGAAAUUUGUGUUUCUGUAAUACGUAACAAAAUUAAAUGAUUUGAAGGUCAAAGAAAAAAAACCCAAAAUUGAAGUUGAUAAUAAUCAGGUCAAUUAAAAGAAAUUAAACAUUGAAUUAUUAGAAUGU